UUAUUAGUAAGCAGUGAGUUAUCAACUCUUCUCGAUAAUAAUUAUUAACUUAAAUUGUUCAAAUUGGACGUUUUCUUGAAACGUCAAUCAUUUUGCUGAAAACAUGUUGGGCCGAAAUGUUUUUAUACUAUUUUUCAUUGGAGUCGUAUUUUGUGGGCUCAUUACUGAUGUGAUCGCCGUUGGUGGUACUGGUCUAGUCAAAAAAGGAUUGAAAACUGUACGCAAAGCUAUUAAUCCAACAGACAAGGAGCUUGAAGACAAGAUGUAUGAAUUGGAAGGAAGAGGCGGCAGUUUUAGUACCUGGCGUGCAAAUAGAAUUCAGGACAAACUCGAUAAACGUGAGAGCAAAGCGAUAGACAAUCGUUAUUGGCAGGCUCGAGUUAAUUACAAUCGAUCAUGAAUACGCGAAUAUAAUAAUAAAUGACAACAGACCAAAUCUCUAAAAAUCAAAUUGGUCAAAUAAAGAUGAUGGAAGAUGAGAAAUUAAAUGAUUUGAAUUAUGGUUUGAGAGUAAUUUUACCUCCGGCGGUGGUAAUCGAGUCAAUUUUAUUAAUUAGGCCCAUUCUGAUGAACCAUACCAUGAAGAAUGGGCAGUGCAUGGAAUGAAAUGCUCAAAAAUUAAGUGAUGCUAAUUGUGGUGCACAGGGGGUAUGCACGGAUAACCCCCUAAAUUCUUCGUACAAAUUUCUUUCAAUUCAGGGUUUUUCAUUGGCUCCCUUAAGUUUUGAACAUGCCCAUGAAUGGUGCUAAGUAUCAUUUUAUUUCCAAACGAAAUGAUUUCAAAGCCUUGAUUUUCCACAAAAAAAAACUGAAUAAAUAAAUAAUUCAAAUAAAGACUGAAGGAACCAGCAAUUCAAUACAAAUUUCAAUACAAUCUAAACGUCUUCAACCUUUUUUUUAUCGCUGUUCAAAUGACCCUGACUAAGAUAUUUCGAGAACUUCGAUCGAUUCCAUCGAAAUGAAUGCGAUUAAAUGUUGAUUUGGUUCCUCUUUCUUAAAAAAUGACCCAUUUAAUAUUGUGAAUGGUAAAGAUACGUUCACAUUUGCCACUGCGGCAAUAUGAAAGUCAGAAUGCUUUCAAGCAGCACAACAUCUGAUCAUCCGAUGCUAUUAUUUAUUCAAUAAGAGAAAGGUAGAAUAUAAAUAGAUGUCUGUCCCCUCUCAUUCUAUGUCUUUGAAUGUUUCUAUAUAAACUGCCGAUUGUAUCACAUAAAAUUCAGUUAUUGAACUUAAGCCCGAUAUUAUCAAACUUGAACUUUAAAUUCAAAAAUUUCGCAAACCAACUUUUUUCCACUCACCAUUUGUGAAUUAGUAAAUUUUGAAACCAAUUAAUUGAAAAUGAAGCUAAGCAUUAUUUCAUGCAUUUUGCUGUUCACCUUAUUAACACCAAUUUGGGGUCGCGUCCGGGAACAAAAAAUUAUAAAAAAAUAUCAUCUUAUAACUCUGGCAGAGGUAAAUUUCUACAAAGCCGUUGGAUUUUGCCGUAGCAUUGGUAUGCAUUUGGUUAGCAUUUCAUCAGAAGAAGAAAGCGAACGACUUACACAGCAAAUUAAAAUCGAAGGUCUUGAAGCGAACGAUUUUUGGACAUCGGGAUCAAAAUUGGCCGGCAAUGGCACAUGGGAGUGGGUGGGCAUUGGUAAACCAGUCAUAUUUACUAAUUGGUCAACAGGCGAACCAUCCAAUCCCGAUGAACAAUGCAUAAUCAUUAAGGGCAAUAGCGGUGAUCCAAAUGAGGCUCAAAAAUGGAAUGAUGCUAGUUGCGAUCAAAAAUCACAUUUUAUUUGCGAAAAGUAUGAAAGAAAGUGAAUAUUGUGAAUAUUUGUCGAAUUCAAUGAACUUAAAAUAUGAUAGAAUACAAUUUUUUGAUAUGCAAAUUCAAACUCUUCAUUGAAAUGUUUUAUCUACUGGAGUUUGAGUUUCGUUAAUUGAUAAGUUGAUAGAACAAAGCUAUAGAAAACGGUAGAUUUCAUUUUUUGCACAGUUUGUUGACUGUCUUAAGAUUUAUGGAGACAGUUUGAGUGUAAGAAAACCGGUUAACAGCAAAAAAUACACCGAAUAAAUAAUAUACGUUCGACGAACUAUCGCUAUGACUGAUUUAUAAAAUUUUAUUGAAACAUUUCACAAACAAACACACUCAAAAAAAACAUUGAAUUGAAA